AUUCUCGAGCGACGGAAGUCCGCCUGCCUGUCCCUGCUGCGGGGCGAUAUGAGCGGAGGUGAGUCCGCGGCGCCUGGCGUCGCCUCCCCGCUGCUGCCGGCCCGGGAUUUCAGGCAAAAACGGGGCGGGGAAGGAUCGGCGGGGCGAUUCUGGCUCCUUCCGCGGGCUCCUGUUGCGUUAGCCCGGAGGGAGGGAGGGAGUCAGGUUCCUCCUCUCUGUGUGUGUUUUAAGUCCUGGUUCUGUGGUGUGGCUGCAUCUGAGCAUGUGCUGAGUGUUUUUCCUGGUCCUUAAAUAUGUGCAGAACUCCUCCCCCUCUUUUUUUAAAAAAGAAAACUGCAUUUAAAAUGGGAUCUAAGCACUCACUGCUUAGCACAAUUUCCACCCCUCCUUGGGAUUCAGGUGUAAACGUAGGCUACUAAACACCCACUGAAAUGCACAAACGUAUCUCCACACACACAGAGAUCAGCUUUCAUUUGCAUGUUAACAGCAUUUGUGCUAACUGGAGCAAAAGUAAUUGUUUACAGCUUUCUCUCCUCCACUUUCACUCUCCCCUCCCCCACACCUCUUCCUUUACUGGCAACUUUCUUUGGCUUUUAGGGCUAGUAAAAUUUUGUUUGCUUGGCACCCCUCCAUUGCCUCCAGAGACAGACAGGUGCCAACUGCCUACACAUUUGCUUACAUUUCCUAUCUGUAAAAUGAAAAUAAUAGUAUUUAACUCAAAGAGCUAUUACAAAGAUUUUCUUUUAUUUUCUUACAAUUAUAUCCCACCUGUCUUUCAUCAUAGAGCUCAAGGUUACAUACACCUGGUUCCCAUCAACACUACAGUAUUCAGAAAGAAAGAAAUGUAACUCCCAAGGGCUGCUGCUGUAUCUAUUUAAAAAGACACUGCAAGCUUUCCACACUGAGCAGGUGUUAUAGCACCUCUGUGGAUGGAUGUAGACUCAGAGAAUCAUAGAAUUGUAGAUUUGGAAGGGACCCUGAAGGUCAUUAAUCCAAGACCCUGCAAUGCAGGAAUCUCAGCUAAAGCAUCCAUCCGCUCUCUGCUUAAAAACCUCCAAGGAAUGAGAGGCCACUACCUUCUGAGGGAGUCUGUUCCACUGUUGUACAUCUCUUACUGAUGUUUAGUUGGAAUCUCCUUUCUUCUGCCUGUAGAUUGGGGUGGGGAAGCUGUGUUCCUCCAGAUGUUGUUGAACUCCAGUUUUGACCAAGCCCAGCCAACAGGGCCAAUAAUGAUAAUGGGAGUUGCAGGCCCACAGCAUCUGGAGGGCCAAUGGUUCCUUGCACUUUCUGUAGAUCAUUAAGAGACAGCAACAAACAAAUUGGACAUAAGACUUUAAAUUUCAAUCCUCCUACAGAGCUGGGAAACUGUCAGCUAAUGUUUUCACAGUUUUGGGGGCUGAUGUUUCAUUAUUUUUUUCCAGAUGAUGAGCUGAACCUCUUAGUCAUUGUUGUUGACACUAACCCUAUUUGGUGGGGAAAGCAGGCAUUAGGAGGCUCAGAGGUAAGACUUUCCCGUUAUAUGUGAAACCUAUGCCAGGAUCAUUGAUUUUCUGUCCUUUUUUAAAAACAAUAACAACAACACUAAUUUGGAUGCAUUAUAAUCUAGAUUGAAGUCUUCAGCGUUGAUACUAAAUAAAUGUUCCUGUGAGUCUGAAGAACUUCCAAUUAAGUGUGUGGUCCUAUGUCCGUUGUAGUUAGAACUGGACUGAUAAUGUGCUAAUUCAGUGUGCUAAUGUGCUGUGUUCAGUUCAGAGCCAGCCCCAGGGGUCAGCAUUGUUGGGCAGUUGUCAAGGCCCAACAUAAGUACAGUUUGAUGAGAUGUUCACAAAUUUAAUUUCCCAUUUUAAAUCUUUGUGGUGUUUAAUAAUUCUCCCCUGCUUUUACCCACAGCUUACAUUAUCAAAAUGCCUCGAUGCAGCCAUGGUGUUGGGAAACUCGCACUUAUUUAUGAACCGCAACAACAAACUGGCUGUGAUAGCCAGUCAUAUACAGGAAAGGUAUUGUAGCUUUUUGGAUGGUUGUAGCUUUUUAAUGGUCAGGCAUUUGGAAAGAGAGCUGUGGAUAGACUAGACUAGGAAGAGGCUUUGGUGGGUGAAAUUCAAAUAGCAGCAUAUCAGAUUCUGAAGUUACACAGUGGUGGGAUGGCUGGCUCUCAGACUUACUCUUCUUUGGAGCCUCACAGAAGAUAUCAAACUGGCUGUUCUUUGGAAACAGUGCUGGCAACGAUGAAUUUUUUGUCUGACCCAGAAAAAGGAUUCAUGUAUUUGGACUUGCGCCAGGUGAGCAUGCGAAUGAUCCAGCAAGGCAGUGAUUGCUCACCUAGAGGCUUGUAGCCAGGUGAGCAUGUAAAGGGCAAAGGGGGCCUUACCGACCUCACAAUGUUGCUGUGAAAAUAAAUGAGAACUGAACUCUAAAGCAUUUUAUAUGCUGAAGUGUAUGAUAGAAAUCAGUAGGAACAAAAUCAUGCACGUUUUCUUUUUACUUUUCAUCUUGUCUUUAAUGCUGAAUGUUGUCUGAUGCUUCAUAUUGUGGCAAUUAAGUUAGUUAUGGUAAUUAUGUUAAUACAACUUCAAUUUCUCUUAGUCGUUUUCUCUACCCUGGAAAACAUUGGGCACCAGCUGAUCUUUUUGGUGAAUCUAAUAUAUCUGGCAGCAAGGAUGGAAAAUAUGAGUUGUUAACAACAAUAAAUGAAACUAUUGCAGAAGAGAUCAAGGACCUUAUGACUAACAGUAAGAUGAGAAGCUGGUUUGCUUUGCUUUGUUCCACAGCCUCUGUGUUUCCUACUUACUUUUUUCCUAAACCAUUUAACCCUAUGACCAGGUAGAGGGUUGACUUCCCUUAGAAUGCAUUACUAUGAAAGGCAGUUUUGCUUUAUGUAAGGGAUGGGGAACUUGGGGCCUCCAGAUGUUGUUCAGCUCCAAUCAGCCCCAGUCAGUGUGGUCAAUGGUCAGGACGUAACAUCUGGAGGCCUACAGGCUUGGAUGCAGACCCCUUGGAUGCCGCAUCAUCCACUUUCUCUUUUUCCUUCGUGGCUGUUCCCUCCACCCAAGUUGACACAGACAAUUGCCACCUGCUCUUACUUAGUCUUGAGAGAUGCCUACACUGCAAAUACCAUGUGUGAUUUAAAUGGCUAUACUAGUGGUUCUCAAACUUUUUUCUUUGGGCCACACUUUCCGGAAAAAAUGGUUUUUAAUUAAUAAGAAAACAAGAAGAAACAACUCCUAGCAGUGCCUGAUUUAUGACAUAGAACAAAAUGGCGUAUGAAAAUGGUGUAUCCAGGAAGUAUAAAACAAUGCAGCUUUAUAAGAACAGAAAUCACUCCCAAGGUAUAAAUGAGUCUUGUCCAGCACUCUGUUUGAACUACGAUUCUGGAUCACAACCAGGAUUGUCCUCAGUAUCACUUGAUGCUCUUGCUCUCAUUUUAAAUAGAUACCUAUCUUUAUUCUGCAAAUAAAAAAAUCAUUUUGAUAGUAUACUAUACUAUACUAUACUAUACUGCACUGAAAUGUUUAAAUGUUUCUUUGAUUGUCCUUGAAUCUUUCUGCCACACUUGCCAUUCUGUCCUGACACACCCUUUGAGGACCCCUGCACUAUACAUUUCUUUCUUUAGUUUCUAACAUUUUAGAUCUCCUUUCCCAGGCAGUCUCCCAUCCAGGCACUGACGACCAGACCCAGACAUGCUUAGCUUCAGCAAAGGAGUGGUCUCAUGUGCCUUUGAAUUAUUCCCUAGAACAGAAGGCACCAAUCUUUUCAGGCUUGUGGGCACAUUUGCAAACUAGAGAACCUUGUGGGCACUGCACACAUACUAGAACCAGGCACACAACACAACCUGUUCUAUAAGCUACAAUAGAAUCCUUCUUUCAAGUCUAAUUUCCAUGGGGGAAGGAAAUCCACAGCAAAUGGUUAACAGGUUUUCAUCAUCCUAAACAACUACCUGUAGUUAAAGCAUAAUGUGCAAUUAACACAAUAAAGCCAAGAAAUACCAAACCAUGUACUCAUUUUGUCUGUGUGUUGUGUUUGUGUGUGUGAUUUCUCUUUUGUGGCAGCUGAAAUAAGAGGGCAGCAGACUGAAUCAUUACUGGCAGGAUCUCUUGCUAAAGCAAUUUGCUGUAUCCUUCUGAAACCAGACUUGUAAAGUUUUUCCUGUUCUUUCAAAACCAAAGCAUGGAGAUAAUUUAUGCAAUCACUCCUGGAUUUGUUGUAUGUAUGUGUUGUGCUGUCAUUCUGCAUCAUACUUUAUACAGGGUUUUAUAAGCAAAAAAAAGGGUGGGAGGAGAGCGGUAGGUCUCUUCCCCCAAGGAGCGUCCAGUGUAUACAUACAUCUUGACAGUGGAGCAUCCAGUAUACAUUUGGACGGGGGAAGGGAGAGACAGACAAGCAUAGCAAGAGAGAACUGGGGAUAAAUGAAACUAUCCAUACUUGGGCAUGGUCGCAGUUCAGGAAGGAGGAUGAAGGAGUUAUGCUAAAUGUUUAAUGGAAAAGGCAAGGAGAGAGCUGAUUGAUGCAAAAGAGGUGGCAGUUCAUACAUAUUCACCCAUGGAAGCAUAAAAAGGUGCCUUAUAUAUCAGGCCAGAUGUAUUUGUACCCAUAGCCCAGAAAUUCUGCUUUUAUAACAUCUGUUACAUGAAGAUGCUCUUAUUUUUAACAAAUUAUUCCUGAAUAUUACAUGUCUUAGAUAUUCACAGGAUGACUAAAGAGGGAAAAGGUACAGUAUUAUGCUUAACUCAGUAACAGUUACUGGGGUUUUUAAAAUAGAAAAUGGGAACAAAUUAAGAGAGAGAGAAAUGUGGGUUGACUUUUUUUCAUCUUUAUUACUCUGAAUUAAAUGAGCUUACUACUCUUAAGAUUUAUUAAUUGAUCUUUGCAUGUGUGUGUUGUUUUCUGUGCAGAUAUUAGAUAUAAUUUAGCCUAAUGCAUUCAUACCUGAGCCCUGGUUAAGGUCUGAAACAUACAGCAAAACUAUAGUAUAGCUUGCCAAACUAAGCUCUGGACUUGGAAGGCAAAUAUAGGGAAACCCCUGUUUUAAACUAUGGUUUGCAGUUAACCGUGGUUGAUAUUAACAAGAGUUUCUGAAAUAUCUUUAAACGAAGGUUUCAUAUCCUGUUUUCCAGCCAGUCCUUAACAAUGUUUGGGGUAUAUAGGAAGCAGUCUUACAGCAUGCCAGAUUGUUUGUCUAUCUAUCCCAGUUUGCUCCAGUAUGUGCCCUUGUGGUCCUCUCCAGACUUCAGGGUCUCAGUCAGAGAAGGAUCUUCCCAUCACUUCAUAGAAUCAUAGAAUUGUAGAGUUGGAAGGGACCACAGGGGUCAUCUACCCCAACCCCUUGCAAUGCAGGAAUCUUUUGCAAAGGAAUCUCUUAAUCCCAUCACCCUGGGAUUAAGAGUCUCAUGCUCUACUAACUGAGCUGCCAAGGCGGAUUCCUGGAUCCUUUUUUUUUUAACUGGAGAUGUCAGGUGUUGAACCCGCAACUGCAUGGCAAGCAUGUGCUGAGCUAUGAUUAUAGUCAGGUGACUCAACAUUUAACUUUGCUUAAAGAAAACAAACAAUGGAGACUGCAUAGAGAUUUUGUGAACAGAUUGACAGCAAAGCUUUGGAGUUAGAUACAAUUUUUUUUAUAUAUAUUUCUCCUCUUUCCUCCUCCCCUCCUUCAAUAUGCAGCCAGCCAGGAAAUCAAGUCUAGGAUUUUGGUAAGACUUUUCAGAUUUCCUUACAAAUACUGAAUCCCAGCAGACUCCACUUGGUCAGUAUAGUAGACUAAGAAAUGCCGAUUUCUUCACCCAGGUCAUAAAAGCUGCUGAAGACAGUGCGUUGCAGUACAUGAACUUCAUGAAUGUGAUCUUUGCAGCCCAGAAACAGGUGAUGCCAAUAGUUGAUUCUGACACCGGUAGUAUUUCUUAACAUGUUUAAAUCAGGGGCAUACUCGGGUUGGCCCCCACCAAGGAUGCAGGCCCACGGGGUGCAAAAAUUGUGCCUCUCCACUCUGGCUUGGAGCGGCUCAUCAUCAGUCCACCUGCUCCCUGGGCUACUUCUCCCCUGGGUGCCUCAGCAGAGGUCGCCAGGAACGGGAGAGUGCCAGCGCUGCUCUUCUAUAGAGUCGGACCACUGGUCCAUUUAGUUCAGUACUAUCUUCUGCACUGACUGACAGCGGCCCUCCAGCGUUUCAAACAGCUCAUCUCCCCUACCUGGAGAUGCCAGGGUUUGAGCUUGGGGCCUCCUACAUACAAAGCAGAUGUUCUACCGCUGCGCUGCAGCCUUUGCCCCAUAUCCAGGCUUCAAGGAUUAAAGUCCACAUCCUCACUUGCCUUCACCAUGAACUCGUGGACCCAGCUCAGUUCUGAUGCUAAACCUUAGUGGAUUCUUGCAAGAAUGAGCUGCAGCAAACCUCAAGCUUGCCUACCCUUCCCUUUAAUAUUCUGUUGGGAGCUGCCCAGAGUGGCUGGGGAAACCCAGCCAGAUGGGCGGGGUAUAAAUAAAUUAUUAUUAUUACUAUUACUAUUAUUGUUACUACUUCUCCUUUCCUGCUUGUAUUAAUGUGCAAGCCCCUUAAUAAUUUGGGGCUGCCUGAUCCCUUAUCUUCCUGCCGAAUCACUGAGGUCUUUGCAGGAGGAAGGGGGGGUCACUAUUAGUGGCACCCCCAGAGUCCUGCAUUCACAGUUGUGGUUGCAAUUUUGUGGAACUCUUCCAGUUGAGGUCAGUCAGACCUCCACCCUGUUGAACUUCCAGUGCCUCCUGUUGCCUUUUUUAAAACUCCAGCUAGCAUUUUAAUUGGAGCUUGACUUUAGAACUGAUUUUCACUUUUUAUAUUGCAUCCUUGUAAACCACCCAGAGAUGGUAUAUAAAUGGUUUAAAUAAAAAGACAAAACUCCUCUUUCCUUUACUCACAUUUUCAAUAAAACCUAACUCUCAUUUCCCCUGGUUUUUCAGAAUAUUUUGAUUGAUGCCUGCGUUCUGGAUUCUGAUUCAGGGCUCUUGCAGCAGGUAAGAUGUUACUGAGUAAUUGUCAUUGGCUGCAUAAAUUUGGAGUAGGUGGGGCAGGGAGGGGAAAGAAGAGUGAGAAGUCAUCCAGACAAAGGAGGCACAGCUGCUGGUUGUUAUACUUUAUUUACCAGAAUGCAUUAGUUGUGAUUCCUGCACUGCAGGGGGUUGGACUAGGUGACCCCACGGGGUCCCUUCUAACUCUACAAUUCUGUCUGUCUGUCCAGCAAAUAGAUUAUAGUGUUAGGAAGCCUUUUGAUCAGCACCCCAGUAGAAAUCACAGCACAAUCUAGGAAGUUAUUGCAGCACAUCUGACUAUUAUCAUUGUACACCAUUUGCAUUAUUUGCACAUUGUUUGAGUAUGGAAGGUAUUGUUAUCUUGGAAUUCUUUUGCAGGAGAGGGGCUUCCAUCCCCUGAAGUAAAUUUUAGAAUAUCCAGAUAUCUAGCAAAUAGGAAGAGGUCGUGACAGUCAUGAGGUCUAGGAGCUUUUUAUUAUUUUUAAGGGAAUUAACAGAUAUGUACAGGCCCCAGGCACAUAUGAAGAUUCCUUAUGCUGAGUCAGGCCAUUCCCUAUGCUGAGUCCACCUCGCUUUACUGGUAGUAACUCUUUCAGACGGAUCUUUCCUAAUCUUACCUGAAUAAUCCAGGAUUGAACAUGGGGCCUUCUGCAUGCAAAGCAUAUGUUCUACCACUAAGCUACUUACUACCUCCUGGUCUUACAUUGUUUUUAAAGUAAUAACGCCAUGUUUUCCAGGCUUGCGAUAUUACUGGUGGCAUUUACUUGAAAGUUCCCCAUAUGCCAUCUCUGCUGCAGUAUUUGCUGGUGAGUUCCACUUUUCUAAUCACCUCUAUAUUUAUUCUGGUUCAAAAGUGCUCCAUGAAGAAGCUUGUAUAAAUUGUUGGGCCAAGAGUCAUGCCUGCAUUUUGUGUGAUGAUCUGUAGAGUGCCCCUUUUCUUCUUGACAUAUGGGAUGCCAAAACCUUUUGUGGCCUUGGAUUGAUUCUCAGUGCAGUGAUUUACAGUUUUUUUAAAGCUUUCCAGGGAGGGUAAAUGAAUAAAUUUUGUGCUAACAUUUUGGAUAGGUAGACUUUGCUCCAUAGAGCAUAGCUGUAUAAGAGGCUCUCAGUCAUGAGAUAAAAUCAGGGGUCAGCAAACUUUUUCAGCAGGGCAGUUCACUGUCCCUCAGACCUUGUGGGGGGCCGGACUAUAUUUUGGAAAAAUAAAUGAACGAAUUCCUAUGCCCCACAAAUAACCCAGAGAUGCAUUUUAAAUAAAAGCACACAUUCUACUCAUGUAAAAACACCAGGCAGGCCCCACAAAUAACCCAUAAAAUGCAGAGAUGCAUUUUAAAUAAAAGGAUACAUUCUACUCAUGUAAAAACACACUGAUUCCCGGAUCAUCCGCGGGCUGGGUUGAGAAGGCGAUUGGGCCUGAUCCAGCCCCCCGGGCCUUACUUUGCCUACCCAUGGAUUAAAUGGAGCCUCCAGGUUCAGAGACAAUGUGCUUGUGAACAUAAGACAAUGCACCGUGCUUUCAAGCUGCGAAAGACAACUGACUAACCACCAUUGGAAACAAAGCAACGGGCUCAGCAGACAUUGGCUUUAUCCAGGAAGCAAGUCCUUGACAUUCUUAGUCCUCAGAUCCAGGUGUGGGCAGACUUAAGGCUUGUGGAAUUUACCUGGCUGUCAGCAUCUUUUUUAUACUGGAACCCCAAUGUCUCCCAACUAAAGCCAGGUGUGAAACAGUGGCUCAUUGGGUGGCGCCAGUUGCCAAAUGAACCCCAUGAACCACCCACUAGAGUGACCUGGAUAUGCAAGGUCAAAGCCACAUCUGGGUUACUAUGCUCAAGGAUUCUAACAAUGUACAAUAGUUUAGAAAAAAACUUACUGUGUUGUGACAAUUGGGAGUUGGGAACUCCUGUCAAACAUUGCAAAUCACCCUGUGCUUUUCGAAUGCAUCCUAAUCUACCUUCACCUGACCCCUACUUUAAUCUAGCCAUGUUCUCUGAAGUUAGAAAGCUGCUGCUGCUGCUAUUAUUAUUAUUAUUACAGUGGGUAUAUCUGCCUGACCAAGAACAAAGAUCGCAGCUAAUUCUCCCACCCCCUGUUCAUGUUGACUACCGAGCUGCCUGCUUCUGCCACAGAAAUCUCAUUGAAAUCGGUUAUGUCUGCUCUGUGUGUUUGUCAAGUAAGUCUUAUUAUCUGAUUGGUUUCACCAGGUUUUGAUUGAUUUCUGUAGCCUUCCUUAACUAGUCUACAGACUGUCUGAAUGUAUCUGUUGUUGUUCUUUUGUCCACACAGUAUUCUGCAGCUUCAGUCCAAUUUGCACCACUUGUGAGUAAGUGACCUUGAUAUAUAUUUAUAUAUAUAUGUAUUUAAAAUAAAACAUGUCCAGGUAGGGCUGCAUUUGUUCUGCAUUCUCUGCAUAAAAGCAAUAAAAAGUUUCUGGCCCUCAUUCUUGCAGAGAGAGGGUUUCAGACAUGUGUUCAUCAUGGGCAUAGUUUUCAGUAGUUUGUAGACAGGAAUUUGACCCCUUCCCCUUUUUAGCUGCAUGACCCUACUAGACAUGUUGAAGAUUCAGGACAAAUAACAAGUACCUGUUCACACAAUGCAUGUGGAAUUUGCUCCCACAAUAAGUGAUGAUGGCCACCAGCUGGGACAACUUUAAAAUAGUAGACAAAUUAUGGCGGAUGUGGCUACCAAUGGCUGUUGGCCACAAUGGCCACGUUCUGGCUCCACUGUGCCUCUGGACACAGGCCCCUGGGAACUGUGGAUAAGGUGAGUACUGUUGCACCCGGGUUCUCCUUGUGGGCUUCCCAUAGGCACCUGGAGCAAGGCGGGAGCAGUUAGGUAACAAAAGCAACAUCAGGUGAAACAAGCCAUUGUUACUUUGCCUGAUCACAAGACUGAUCCUGGAUUGUUCAACGCAUCUUAGAUAAAACAAACAAUGGCUUAAUGUUAUGUGUGAACACAUCCACAGGUGCAGCUUCUAGCAACCCAGCCAGGAUUAUUAUUUUUUGUCAUUCCAGGACUGCAUUCAAGAUUUCACUGCCAGCUGUCAUGAAGUCUAAGAAAAAGAAAUUGAAAUUGGCUGUCUAACAGCAUUGUUGAUUUCCAUGUGAAUUUCACAUUGUAGCUGUUAAGCUACCCAUGACGGUUAUGGGACACUGGAAAAGAGGGACCUGUAUGAUAAUCUCUGGGGCUAAACGUUUUGGAACAGCCACAUACGUUGGAUGCAACUAGUCUGUUCAGUGGCCCAUGUUGACACUUAAAACUUGUGCUAUAUUACAAAGUCAGGAUGGUUAAUCUGUAACUGCCUUGGACCAACGGCUUCAGCUAGUGCAGCUGUAAAGCCAGAAAUGCGUAAACCCAAGAGUGAUGCUUCUCUAAUAUAGCAUCCUUGGACCAACUGCUCCGUUUGGAACAAAUCAAAUCAAUUUAAGCCGUGACACUUCCUUUAAAACGAAAGCCCCAAUUAUUUAAAUAGAAAUCUAAUAUUUGCUUUAGGAACUGAAAUUUUGGGGCUCCUGGGCUGGUCCUGUAGAGCUCCUUUCAAAUUAGUAGAAAGAACUGCCUGAUUUAAAGAGUGCAGAAGCCUUGGACUCUAGACUGCUCUGAGCUAUGGUUUUCAGUAUGGUUAACAAUGCAUCUUAGGUAUUUGUCCACCCUCACCACACUUUUUAAUAGUGAUCACUACAUCUGCUUUUAAACAGAGCCAGCUCAGCCAAAAAUUAAGCUGGAACAAGCAGAUUAACCUAUCACAGUUAAAUGCCACUAUUGAAAGCAGACCAACAGCUGCUUGGCAAUUUCAGUAAUGAAACUGAGUCACAUGCUUCCAUGCCGUGAAUUAUCCCUGUUUCCUAACAGAAUGAAGGAAUUCUGACAAAGGCGGCUGCUGCUCAUGCUGAGUUUGCUCUGCUUUGAGAACCAGGAAAGGUUUGGUCUUCCACACUGCAGUACCAAGUGGCUUAUCCUGUCUCAUGUUUGACCAGCCGCAAGGAAAGAUUGAAUAGUGUGCUGAGGCACAACCUUUUCUCCUUUUCUGUACUUCUGGCAGAAAGCCUCUGCCAUGCAAUUUUAUUUCCUUGAAUGUUGGACAUGGUUUCAGCACAGCCAAAACACACUUUCUUCCAUCCUUCCACAAACAGUUGUCUGUGUGUGCUUUGCUUCCUGAGCCCAAAUUUAAAUAUUUAUCUUACAUUUGGUGGUCUAUCAGGAACCAGUGCUUUCUAGAGACGCUGUAAUUUAUUAACAGGCCUGUAUAUUAUACUGAAUCUUUGCCAUCUCAAUGCUAUUUUGUUUUACAAAUGUUUUGUAACUUUUCGUUAAUAAACUGCUUCUAAGAACACAG